UCAGCAUCGACUGAUAAGGAUUAUAAAGAAGUUUUUGGAAAAAAUUUUCUUGACCCUUUUCCGCUGAAAAUUUAAUUAAUAGAAUUGUUCCUGUUUCUUAAUUUCUAUUUGAAGUUUGACUGAAACAAUUGAACGCUAGUUAAUCGAAUUCAGCCUUCGUCAAAUCUCCAUUUUCUAUUGUUUAAUACAUAUUUUUUUCUCAUCAUUUUUUAUCAAAACAAAUAAAGUAACAACUCUACAAGUUCAAGUUCAAAGUUUAAUUUUUUGCCGAAUAAUUGCGAUAUCACCAUUUUUUUCUCAAGUUCGAUAGUAGUCCAACCGUCUUGAUUCAGAAGAUGAGACUGAACGAUUAUUGAAUUGUAAAAUGAAAUCGCAUCGCAAAUCUUGAUAAAGAUAUUCUGAAAUUUCCACCGGAUCUGUCGUAAAAGAGGUCAACUCCGCCAUGCUUCGUAAACUGCUGAUAUUCCACGCUGGCUUCCAAAGAUACGAAACCGGGCUGAAACUACAAUCUUACUUAGCCUCUUUGGUCAAAGAUCCCUCGGAAAACAUCGCCGGUUACUUAUUUCUCGUCGAACACCAUCCAGUUUACACGACCGGUAUGCGAAGUAAAGACUACGGUAGCGAAAUCGAGCAACGACUGACUGCAUUAGGAGCCGAUUUCCAUCGAGCCAAUCGUGGCGGUUUUAUAACGUUCCAUGGGCCGGGGCAACUAGUCGUUUAUCCCAUUUUGAACUUGAAUCAUUUCCAGCCGAAAGUCAAGUGGUACGUUCAAACGUUGGAGAAAACUAUUAUCGCCGUUUGCAAUCAUUUUAAUCUCACCGCGUACACGACGCCUGAUACAGGAGUUUGGGUAAAUGAGAAAAAAGUCUGCGCCAUGGGUAUUCGUGUCAGCCAAUAUAUAACCACUCACGGAUUAGCUUUGAAUUGCAAUACGAAUUUGUCGUGGUUUGAGGAAGUUACACCUUGCGAGUUGGUUGGUAAAAAAGCCACUUCGUUGAGCGCAGAAUGUGGCAGAAAUAUUAAUAUCGACGAAGUGUCGCCGUUUUUCUUACUCGAGUUUGGUAAGCAUUUUCAAUGCGAGUUGGAACCGUGUUCGAAGGCGUUUGUUGAAGAUGUUUUUGCUGAAAUACACGCAGAUAGCGAACAAAAAUGAAAUCUGUGUUCAAUAUUAAGUUAUAAUAUGAUGUAUUAUUGUUGUAAUUUUUUUUAUUUAUUUUGUUGAAUAUAUCGUUAUUCUGUU